UCAUUCGUACUUUGUUCAUCGUAAGAUUCAGAUCUAUUUGAUACAAAAAUAAAAUCUAAAAUUUCUAAAAAUUUAAAUUCGUAAAAAAUUUGGAGUUACAAAUUUGUAUAUUUCUUUCGGAAACUGUCGAAUUUUCCUCAAUUCAAACAUGAAUUUUUGCUCAGUGCCCUACGAAGCUGAUUACGGCAUGUACGCCGACUCGAAGAUGAAGAGCGUGCCUCAGUACCCGUUGAGCAUGAGUCCUGGCCAGGGCCAAGGUCAGUCCAUGUCCGUGCAGCCACUAAAUCCACCCCAGAUGAACCUGCAGAUGCAGAUGCCCAUGCAGAGUGCUCCACAGAUGACCUCGUACCCCGUGCAAGGUAUGCCGCUGGGCAUGAUGCCCGCCGGCAAUGGGAUGACCCCCAUGUCCACGAUGACCUCACAACUGCCGAUCGGAGCGGUGACGCCACUGAGCAGCAUGACCAUGAUGCCCAUGAUGGGCAAUCCCAUGGGGGCGAUCGACGCCCCCGGAAUCAAUGCGGUGAUUCCCGACCUGCAGCCCAUGACCUCAAUGGGCCAGAUGCAGCCGCUGCAGCAGUACCAGCAGUCUGGAUCCACCACCCAAAUGCACCAAGGUCGUCUGACGGGCGGAGCCAGUGGUGCGAUGGUUGGGUCCUGUCCCUCGUCGCCCUCGCAUUCCGGCAGCUGGAACCCCAGUCCCAGCUCCAUGAUGACCAACGGCAACAUGUGGCAGUAUAGCCAGCCCAUGCAGAGCCACCAGCCGCAGUACCAGCAGCAGCAACACUUCCAACCGCAGCAGCAGCACCACCAGCAGCACCACCAGCAGGGAAAUCGCAUGAAGUCCUCCUACGAGCUGCCACCCAGCAUGUAUCGGGAUGUGCGGAACGGACUGAACACACCAUCCAUGCACGAAUCUCCCAAGUACGGCAAGAGCAAUCAAUCGUUUAAUUGCGGAAAAUCGGUUAGCAAGGUCCCCCAUUGGCGCUGACGAAACCCUUGAGCCCAUCAUCAGUUGAUUUUUGUACAUUUGCAUGAUUGGUGUCUCACAAAUUACACUCCUUGUUUUAAGACUUCCCCUUCGCAAGCUACACUCCAAAAAAAAACAUAACACACGAGCACACUAACAUGGUCACAAACAUAUUGGUGUGGAAUAAAUGGUUUAUUUAUGUUUUUGGCCAAAAAGAAA